AUGCACCGCAAAAACCCCAUCAGCGUGCUCGUCUACAACACGCUGUUCCCCACGCCCUCGCCCACAGACCCUCCCUCCUUCUCGGCCCAUCUCUCCAAGAACCUCGUCGGCGAAGUGCGCAUCGAAACAGCAAACUUUUACGGCUCGCUCGACACAAUCGAGGCCCGCUACCCGGGCCUCAACUAUGCCUUUCAACCCCACCGGAAACGCCUGGGCCGCUUCCCGCACCACAAGCGCCUGUUUGAGGCUUUUGACAAGCUCGGCCUGACCGAGGCCGAGAUCCAGGGCUUCUGCCGCUGGGAAGGCACCCUCUGGGCGCGCGAGCGAUACGAGCGCGACGAGGGCGUCAAGGUCGUCGACACCACGGGCGUCGAAAUCGGCGCCUGGGUAGACACAAGGUCGCAUUUUUCCAAAAGCAGGCCCGGCAUCAACGUAAAGACUGACAUUGAGGUGGAAAUUGAAGAGCUCCAGCAACAGCAGCAGCACCAAAAUAGCCGCAGCAACCAAGCCACAAACACCACAACCACAUCAUCAUCAUCACCAUCAUCGCGACCCACACAAGCCGCACACAUGCCCUCGUCACUCAACUUCUCACUCAACGCCCGCCUCCUGCAUGCCGCCGCAUCCGCAUCCGCCUCCUCUUCCACUUCGGCAUCAACCAACAGCAUCCCCAUGGACCCGGAAUGGGAACAAUACCUCAAAGAAGCCUCUGAGCGCGGCGAACUCAACAUUGACGCUACGCGAGAAGCCCUCCGGAAUAUGGCGGGGCAGAUUGCCCAGCUGCAUCAGAGUCGGGGCGGAGGCGUCGAGGUGGAUGCUAGUGAAGUCGUGGGUCAGCAGGCUUUCCAGCCGCCUGCCGCACCGGCUUAAGACACGCUUUUUCUUGACAAUCUACCCUUUUU